CCUUCUUCUUCCAUCCAACACCAACUCCCAUUUCCCCAACACCUCCUCCCCUAACAACUUUCAGCCGUACGUAUUCACGUAAAAACAACACUACGCCUAGACCACCCUCAUCUUCAAACCUCCCCCCUUGUCCACCCUACCCAUCUUGGCACGAGCCGAGCCGGGCCAGCCGUGCCGUGCUAGUCCACUUAUACAGCAUUUCCCAAUCCACAGCUAAGAAGUCCAAGAGUUAUAGUUAGACAGUUUAGACACCAUACGCGCGUACAUUUCUGUACCCUAUAAGGGGGGGGGGAUCUUUAUAUAGACGGUAAGGAUAAAGAGAUACCUCACAAAAGCCCAGCUCCACUUCACUUCACCCCCUUAGCACAUAAAUCGCCCUACCGCCCCCCCUACCCCAACGUCACUUUGGACUUUCAUCCCUUCUCGCGUAGGAUUUGUACUACCCGACCUUCAACUUUACCUUCCAGUCCUUUCCUCUCUACCACUCACUCCUACUCAUACUCAAUCCACCAAACCAACACAAACCAAACCUCAUCAACCAACCCACCACCGCGAUGGCAGAUCAAUACCAACAACAGCCCUACGGCCCCCCUCAACCCGGCUACGGCGGACCCCAGCAAUACGGCCCCCCCCAGCCCGGCUAUGGCGGUCCACCGCAGGGAGGGUAUUAUCCCCAGGCGCCUCCUCAGCAGAUGCAAUACCAACAAGCCCCUCCCCCCGAGGAGAAGAAGGACCACGGCUGCCUUUACGGAUGUAUCGCAACUAUGUGCUGCUGCUGGCUCUGCGGCGAGACCUGCGAGUGCUGUCUCGAGUGCCUGACGUGCUGUUUCUAAACCCGACCUCUCUCAACCAACUAAUUAUCUAAUUUCUCGGAUCUGAGACGACACGGACGAGGGAAACGGGAGGAGUAAUGGGAAUGCAUGGAUGGAUGGAUGGAUGGAUGGAGCGAUGAACGGGAAAUGGAGGGAAGAGUGCAAAAGGAAUGGGGAAGGAGAGGGGAGAGAGAGAGACUACAAUACCCAUGGCCAUGGUUUUCCUUAAAAAAAUAAUUCAAACUCGUUGCCGGUGGGGGGGACAAAGUUGGUCUGCCAUCAGGAGAGACGAAUAGUAGUGAAAAUGAAAAAUCCACACCUUUUCACCGGCUAUUACAAGAUAGACCUGAAGCCAUGAUAAUAACCAUAAACCUCAAAUCCGUGCUGCUACCCCAUCUUCACCACCCCACUGGCUCCACCAAACACUGAAUGCCAGUUGGUUGUCUACUAUAUUACACGUAAAAGCCC